CCCCGCUCAUGUUUAUUGUCCGCUCAAAAACAAGUGAAUUAGGUAUAGCUUCGGAUGAAAGUCUUGAAGUAAUUAAACCUAAAUGCAUCAUUCUUUAUUCUCUGGUCACAGUUUGUGGAUACAAGGCGGUUGUCAGGUUCUUUCCGCAUCAAGUCUCGGACUUGGAACUUGCUGUGUCUCUCUUGGAGAAGUGCCAUCACACAAAGUCAGUGUCAUCACUGCGUCAGGAAAGUACGGGAGAGAUGGAAGCUAAAUGUGUGAUGCUUUUGUGGCUGUCUAUUCUCGUGUUGGUUCCGUUUGAUCACUCCACUGUUGAUACGAGCAUUGCAAACAACAGUAAUCUUGGAAAACUUGAGCCAGCUCCUCUGGUACUGAGGAUAGUAGGGUUCUCCAAAGAUUACCUUUCAAAUUCAGGCCCUAUGAGUCCUAUUGCUGCUUUGCUGCUCUUGAAGCUUCUAACACGCCCAGACAUGCCAAAGGCUUUUUCCAGCUUUGUUGAAUGGACACACGAAGUCCUAUCUUCUCUGACAGAUGAUGCCAUCAAUCAUUUCCGGUUACUUGGAGCUACAGAAGUGCCGGCUGCUAUUUUCAGGGUUUGCUUUCACUUCUUUGUAGUUCAUACGAUCUGAAGCC